AUGUCGUAUGUAAAGGCCUUAGACGUCGGAACUGGACUGCGGGGGGGCUAUGGCAGGAUUGCUCAUCCUGGGGAAACUGUGGAGAGCUCCUCUCGGCGUAGUAAGCUUAGGGGCGGUAGCGGGUCACCAGCGGGCACGUUGAGAUUGGUUGAGACGCCACAUCAUCCCAAGGGCAAAGCUGGUUGGGCAGGCCAUAACCGCUUUUGCGGAGGCCCCAAGGGACAGCAUCAUGAAGGGAGUGAUGGCCCAGGGCACUCGGACAGGGUUUCAUCGAUAGCCGGGAGCCUUGAGGGGGACUAUGCUGAUGAUGAGGGGAAGGGCUCACGAAGGGGAUCCUCGGCUCAGUCAACAGCCUCUGGUAGCUGGAGUCUGAUGUCGGAGGGUCUGCCUAGCAGCAAGCCUGGAGAGGUAUUUCGUGGCGCGUGA